CUUAGGCUGAGACAUUUAUAGACAUGGUCACUGUGCGAUGGGAGAAGAGCAGAGAGCUUCACAUUUGGAGUCUGGUCACAAUACAAGAUGGCAGGCACCUGUACCUUCAUCCUUCUGUUUUUACACUUUACUCUUCUUGGAGCCACAAACCCAAACUGCACAUAUAACUCCUGGAAUCUCCUCUCCUGUUCAUGGUUUGCCAAAAACCAGUUUAUUGACAACAAUUGUUACAUAAGUGCCUUUACUCCCAGUCCCAGAUCUGUCUCUGGAGCCUGUUUGCUACCAUCUGGAAUGAAUCCUCGAAAGUGUAAAAUCUUUCUAAACAGCCAAGAAACAUUUACAGUUGGUAGUCAAGUAAACCUAAGUGUGAGAUGUUACACAGAGGGUGCAGGAAACAAAAGCGUGGAGUCCAUAGUUUACUUCCCUUAUGAAAACUUGCGACUGGAUCCUCCUAUGUCUUUGGAAAUCAUGCCAGCUAAUGAAGGAAUGUGGAACUUGGCAUGGAAAUGUCACCAUAGUUCUUAUGUUACAAACUUCAGGGAGUAUGAAGUUGAAUACAAGCCUAAGUCAAGUCCCCAAAAGGUUGCCAUAACAAUUCCAGUGAAACAAGAUGAACUCUUUGCUCCUCUUCGUGAUCUUGUUCCUGAUACAAUCUAUGAAGCCAAGGUGCGUGUAAGAAAUCAAGGUGGCAUAUGGAGUCGAUGGAGCCAGCCUUACCACUGGAAGACUCGUACAAAAGAAACAACUGGCUCCAGCUUCCCUGUUAAGGAGGUGGUGAUUCCAUGUGCUGUUUGUAUCAGCUGUAUGUGCAUUAUAUUAAUAAUCAGUCGCACACAAGAUAGGGUCAAGAAAAUAUUUUGGAUUGGCGUACCUGAUCCAUCGCGAUUCUUUGACCCCUUAAUUUCUAAAUACGGGGGGAAUUUUCAGAAAUGGUUGUCAUCACCAUUUUCUCUAUCUUCGUUUACUCUGGAUGUCCCUCCCUUGGAUAUCUCCCCAGUUGACUUUAAGUGUAAUAAAGAAGAGCCCUCCAAACCUUUUCUUCCAACUUCUGCACAAGAGGUUAACACAGAUACUAGCAAGAAUUCAUUUUCUGGCUUCAGCAACAAAGAGUACUUCUUUUUCCAGUACCCAUCCAUAAAAGAAGAGGGUUCUUCCAACUCUUACUUUACUUAUGAUAACUUGGAACAGAGAGGCUUCCCAGCAAUGCUACAGGACAUACCUCUUCCCUCCCCAACUGCUCUUGAGGAGUCUCCCCUCUUCAAAGAAGACCAUCUAAGUCUUCCACCAUCUACUAGCCUUGGUUUUCACAACAGGUCAUUUGAAGAAGACCAUUCACCUUCAGUUCUACAGUUCUUCAGUUCUACAGAUCCACUUGAACAGCAAGACAUAACGGACCAGGAACAAAACCUAGAAUCCCAUAAGGCCCCAUCUAAUCAAGAAAUACCUGAUGACAAGCAAGUGAUAAAUGUAUGUGAAAAUAAGGAGGAAUCAUUAGAUGGUGGAAACAUAUGUCCAGAAACAAAUCAUCAUUCUGCCGCAAACUCACAGAACAGAGACAUAGCAGGCGGGUAUAUCUCUCUGAAAGAGAUCUAUAACCGAUGGGCCUUAAUUGAGUGAGAUAAAUUCCAGGAUAAGUAACAAAUACAAAAGGGUUUUUUUUUGAUAGGGUAAUGCUUAAGGUAGAUUGAUUCAGUUGCAGGAAAUAAGAUGAUAAGAAGCAUUACACAUAGCAGAGGUUGAAUGAAAUAUACAGUAUAUUGUAUACUGGACAGUAAUUCAGUCUGUAGCCUAUGCAAUCGAACGAUAGACAUUCUGGAAUAUAUUUUAUAUAUAAGUGAUACAGCUGUGUGACAUUCUUAAUGGAAAAUAAGUGUUACAGUGUAAAUAAAUACUAAUGAGUUACUGGCAGCUUUUCCUAUAGCUUACAGGUCUUCCUACAUCCAAAUGCCUGUGGAGUGCUCAAGUAGUCUUCUUAAUACCAAUAUUCUGCUGCAACGUUGCCUCUAUCUGACUUAAAUUACUCUGAAGAGAUGGACUUCCAAAUCACACAGCCUUGUGAUGCUUCUUAGGACACACCAGAGGCUGCACAUGGAACAGGAUAACUUUGCAAGGCAUUAAACUUUCAUUUUUUUGAAAUAUUUAUGUUUACAUUGUAAUUAGGUUUAUGCCCUUGAAAUAUAUUAUAAGUAUGGGCAUAUACAGGAAUUGCAACUGAAGGCAACAGAUUUCAUAUUAAAGCUACAAACAUA